AUGUUAACCUGCCUGAAGGCCACUAUUCAUAUACCCGUCUCUGCUGCCGCAACAGCAACAACCACCUCCGCACCCCUUCUUCCUAUCUCUAUCCCCGCUCCUAAAAAGCUUUCCAAAAAGACCCUUAAAGCCAGCAAACUAAAGCUCAAGUACAAGGCUAAAGCCAGCAUUUCUACCGAUCCCCUUCCUUUUACCAAGCCUCCGCCGCCGCAGCCGCAGCCAUCCCAGCACUCUUUGGACGAAUUUAUUUCUGCUGUCAAGAAACCUAAAAAGAGCGCAUUGUCAAAAGAGACUAUUGUCACUGUCAAAAAGUCCAGGGAUCCCACCCCUCUACCCACCUCCAAGCAAUCCAAAGUGAAGAACAGCAAGGUCUCCAAGAGUGCAGCCACUGCACCGCAACAAGCCCAGGAGGGUUUGUCAUCGUCAUCGACAGCACCAGGCUUUCAAACAAGGACAGCAUUCAAGCGCGACCAAAAGAAGAAACACAGGAUACAACCGCACAAGAAAGAACGGGCGCCGUCUUUUCACAAAAAAUUUACUUCAACACCACCCGGAUUCGAUGACGGAACCACAAUGAGCGCCAACGAGACCAUGUCGGAUCAGGUUCAGAUCCUGUGCGAGGCCUUUGCCGAGGCCAACAUCCGCCGUGUCCGUCAAUACCCACCCGUCUUCUUGAUCGGUACAUAUGAGCAUGCCGAGCUGGCCAUGCAGAUCUUUACGGAAUACUACGAACUCACCACCCAGGGACUCGGACACGUUGGAUUCGAUACCGAGACUGAAUGUCAUUGGGACAACCCGGCGGCACAGAGAGACGAGGUCUCGAUCAUCCAGAUGGCAUCUCAGGAUAUUUGCCUGCUCUUCCAGAUCAACCGCAUUGUCAAUGUUGCACGGUGCCCCUUCCCAUCCCGUCUCAAGGCAUUCCUGGAGGACCCUACUCAUCUCAAGCUAGGAGUUGGUGCCAAACGGGAUGCUAAGGAUCUGGACCGAAUUUUUAACAUCGACUGCGAUGGAGUUGUUGAUCUGGAAGUCAUGGCAUUGGAGAAGAAAGUUCUUGAGCGGUCACUUCAGGAUUUGGACGAAAAGUACGGUCGGCCGGGACGAGAGGUCCUUAAGACUCAUGCGAUGCUUCGAUGGAAAUGGAACGCCGUGGAGUUGCAACCCCAGUGGGUGUGGUAUGCUGCCAAGGAUGCCUUUGCUGGAAUUGCUAUCUAUGAGAACAUGAUGGCCGAUCGGGUCAAGGAUACCUUCAAGCCCUAUGAGGAAAGAUUCCCUAUGACCGACAAGGAGCUGAAAAGGGACAUCAUGACCUUCCUCGAGCGUGCCAUGGGUGGCAAAGGCAGGCAAACAACGUUGGGAGCGGUGGAGACGACGUUGCAAAAGGGCUAUGGUCGAUUCCAAAAAAUGUACCAACCUAAGGAGAGAAACGCUCAGGUCAAGGAGUUGGUUCGUCAACUGAUCACGGAUAAUCGUUUGACUCGAGUGGCCCAGACACCCUUAACCGCCGCCAACAAGGACGACGUUCUCAUUAUCACAGGCGAGCGACUGGAACGCGUGCUCAGGACUCAGGAAGCGAUCGAUGUUCUCCGGCCGUACUUCAACAACUCGCCUGUUUAUAUUCACAGCCUCAGCACCAAGGGUAUCACUCUCCCUAGGACUCUGGAUAACUCUGCUGGUUCUGCUGUGGACGAGAAUUACGAGGAUCUCCGACUUUUUGUUGAACUGGGUUCGAUGUGGCAGCAACCGCGCAAGUUGAACGGGAUGACAUCUUCGUUCUUGUUUGAAUUGGAGGCAGCAGGAUACCAUGGCCUACCCCCUGUGGCGAAAUCUGAACCUGGAUACAAGCUGCCCGAGAAGAAGAUUGUCCAGGCGAAUAUGGAGCGGGCUAAGGCGAACGAUGUUGGGAGCAAGUGGAGAGCGUAUGUAAACCGACUGGUUCGUCGACGCGUGCUUGUGAUGGAGAGUGGAUUGUAUAUGAUGGAUCACGAUCUGGAGGAUCGAUGCCGUGAGGCUGCACCCGAGUUACCAAGGGAGAUUGUUGAUCCUGCGGAAAAUAAGCGACAGAAGGCAUUGCGCAGGACAGCGAUCACGGAGGGGCGUUUGUCGACGGUCAAGGAUCUGACGAAUGCGGAGGAUUGGGGACAUGGAGCUCAGAAGCGUGUUCGUCUAGUUCCUGACGAAGGUGAUGAUGAUGUCGCCGAGGUUGAGAACGACAACGAGCAAGAGGAUGAGGAAAUGGUUGCUGCUGCUAUAUAG